AUGGCUGUGGACCGCUUCCACUUGCAUUCGAUCAUUCUGCAAGAACUCCAAUUGUGGGACGAAGCAAACACCUUGCUAGAAAGUGAUGUCGGGAAGUCGAUCUGUUCAGCCAGUCUUGUAUGUAAUGAGACUCACAGGGAAAUCUGGCGCAAACGUGGUCUGUACAAGGACGAGGGGGAACGAGCUCAAGAGAAGAUCAAAAACAAUGACUGGAAUUGGCUGGAGUUUAUUUCAGUAAUCGAUGCUUCAGUGCAAGGGCCCAAUGUUAGCGAAGAGGGAAAGUCAGAGUGCUUCGAGAACAUUGCGAAAACACGCGACCUCCAUCAAUAUCAAUGUGAGCAACUCUCAUCUACUCUGACAUUGCUAGCACUAACGCAAGCCAUAAUGCAGAACAGCGAGAAAACAACCUUGACAAAAGCCAACGACGUCUAUCAUUUCUCUCCCCUCCCUCGCCAGUGCGUGCAUGCAUACAUCUAG